AUGGUCACCAAGUGUGUCACGAUUAAACAGAUCCAGCUGGAGCAAGAUAGUGGUAAAAGUCUUCAUGAUGACUCUAGGAGGCAGACACUCAUUGAUCUAAACAGAGCAGGAAUUGGACUUAUGGAAAUUGUAAUGGAACCUGACAUGACGUGUGGAGAGGAAGCCGCAGCUGCUGUCAGGGAACUUCAACUCAUUCUGCAGACUCUUGGAACAAGUCUUGCAAACAUGUCAGAGGGACAAUUGAGAGUCGAUGCAAAUAUAUCUGUUCAUUAUCCUGGAGAGCCGUUUGGAGUAAGGACAGAAGUUAAGAACAUUAAUAGUGCUCGUUUUUUGGCAAGAGCUAUCGAUUAUGAAAUUAAAAGGCAAACUGAAAUCCUUAAUGGUGGAGGUGUAAUCCUAAAUGAAACAAGGGCCUUUGAUUACAAACUUGGGGCCACCAUACCUAUGAGGGAUAAGGAAGGAAAGCAAGAUUACCGGUUUAUGCCAGAACCAAACCUUCCUCCACUGAUACUUUAUGAUAACAAGACAUUACCAAAUAACGUGGAUGAUAGUCAAGUUAUAAAUAUAGACUUGAUUAAAGAAAUGUUGCCCGAACUUCCCAGAGUCACCAGGGAAAGACUUGUUGAAGAAUAUGGGAUAUUGCCUGAGCACAGUUUUGUUCUAGUGAAUGAAGAUGGACUCAAAGAUUAUUUUGAAACUGUGGUCAAAAUGACCAGAGUUGACCCAAAGAAGAUAAUUGGAUGGAUAAUUAAGGAUUUGCUUGGCUACCUUCGGCAGGAAAAUCUCACUAUCAAACAAAGUGUGAUAACUUCCACCUCGUUAGCUGAACUUGUAACACUGCUGGAGAACAGAGUCAUUUCUUCAUCAGCAGCCCAACAGGUGUUCCAGGAGCUCUGCAAGGGAGUAAAUAAGACCCCAACACAGAUCAUGAAGGAGAAGAACCUAGGACUUCUUGAUAGGAGACAGCUAGAGGACAUCUGUCAAAAGAUUUUGGAUGACCACAGUAUAGAGAUUGCUGCCAUAAGACAAGGAAACCUUAAGGUUCUGAAUAAGCUCAUAGGCUUAGUUCAGAAGGCUUCAAAAGGACGGACGGACCCAGCUCUUGUGAAGACCAUACUAGAGGAAAAAGUGCUAUCUUAA